AUGAGGUUAUCACAGACUCUGCUGCCCUUAUUAGGGGCAGUUUCUACCCUUUUCUCUCAAGUACAAGCGCGUUCUCAAGCCUCACAAGCCAUUCGCCAGAUCACCCCGAUAGAUGAUCCAGUUAUUCGCACCUCCUCUCACCGAAUUGACCAUCUCUCACACUUUGACCUCACCUUCGAGUUAAAUCGCGACGCCCAACGGAUAAAGCUAGAACUAGAGCCAAAUCACGACAUCUUGGCCGACGAUGCUUACGUGCAGUACAUGCGCCCAGAUGGCACCCUGGGCGAGGGUGAGCCUAUCCAGCGACAUGAACAUAAGGUCUUCCGUGGCCGAGCCCUGGUCGGCUCGGGCAAGGGUAGAUGGACGCCCGUGGGCUGGGCCAGAAUCACUAUCCGAAGGGAUGGCCCAGAGCCGCUGUUUGAAGGUGCAUUCAGCAUCGGAGACGACAAACACCAUAUCGAGUUGCAGUCCACAUAUCUUGGCAAGAAGCGCGACAUCGACAUCGACAUCGAACACCGCGUACGCGAAUAUAUGGUGGUCUAUCGAGACUCUGAUAUGAUCCGCUUUCAGCACUCCGAGCUGAAGCGGUCGCUGUCCGAAUCAUCAGGCUGCUCGGCGGACAAGCUCGACUUCAAUGCCGACUUGAGCAAGUCAAUCUUCCCCUUCGGAAUUGACCAACCCGAUGCCCGGUGGGGAUACACAUCGCUGAACUCCAUGUUUGGGUUGAGCAAACGUCAAUCCGAUACUGGCGGUUUAUCGGGAAACACGGGCGGCGUGAAUCUCAAGUCGACCAUUGGCGAUUCGUCUGGAUGUCCCAAGACGAAGAAAGUCGCUCUUAUUGGAGUGGCCACGGACUGUAUGAUGACUGACUAUUUCCAGUCGACCAACUCUACACCCAAGGCCGCAGCGAAGGACUUUGUCAUCAACAUGGUGAACACCGCCUCUAGCCUCUACGAGUCAUCUUUCAAUGUUUCCAUCGGUCUGCGGAAUCUCACCGUGAACGACUACCAGUGUCCUACCACCGCCAAUGAAGCCACUCCGUGGAACAUCGAUUGCAAUGGCGGCAAUAUCACCUGGCGCCUGAACGAGUUUUCAAAGUGGCGCGGCGAUCACUCGGAUAACAACGCCUACUGGACUCUCUUGACAGGUUGCCCUACGGACUCCGAAGUCGGUGUUUCCUGGAUGGGUCGGCUAUGCACCACCGGUGUCACGAGCGAUGGCUCGAACUCCGUAUCAGGAGCCAAUGUCGUUGUUGGCAACCAGGGGACAACUUGGCAGAUUUUUGCCCACGAGACGGGCCAUACGUUCGGCGCUGUGCACGACUGUGACUCUCAAACCUGUACGCAGGGCUUGGAAGCUUCUUCUCAAUGCUGUCCGCUGACUUCGUCGACCUGCAACGCCGACGCCAAGUAUAUUAUGAACCCGUACGCAGAGUCUGAUAUGACCACCUUCUCCCCAUGCACCGUCGGCAACAUCUGCUCCGCCAUCGGCCGCAACAGUAUCACGUCAUCUUGUCUCUCAGAUAACAAGGGUGUCGUGACUAUCACUGGCAGCCAAUGCGGCAACGGUAUCGUCGAGGCCGGGGAAGACUGCGACUGUGGCGGAACCGAAGGGUGCGGCGACAAUUCGUGCUGUGACGCCACUACUUGCAAGUUUAAGAACAACGCUGUCUGCGAUGACUCCAACGACAGCUGCUGUACCAGCUGCCAGUAUGCUUCCGCGGAUACUGUCUGCCGCGCAAGCACCGGCCAAUGUGAUAUCGAAGAAAAGUGCACUGGAAAUUCCAGCUCCUGCCCAGACGACAAAUAUGAGAAGGAUGGAACCUCCUGCGGCUCCUCAAAGGGCCUUGCCUGCGCCAGUGGCCAAUGUACCAGCCGAGACUACCAAUGCCGCACUGUCAUGGGAAGUCUGUUGAACAGCAACGACACCUGGGCUUGCGAGAACACCAAUGAACCAUCCUGCAGCCUUGUCUGCGGUGCUUCCGAAGUAGCCCAAGAGUAUGGCAGCUCGACCUGCAUCAAGAUGAACCAGAACUACCUAGACGGCACACCGUGCGACUCAGGCGGCAAAUGCAAAUCAGGCCAGUGCCAGGGCUCAUCAGCGCUCGGCUGGAUCCGCCAGCACAAGAACAUCGUCAUUGGCGUCUGCGUUGGCGUCGGCAGCUUAAUCAUUCUCGCUCUGCUAUUCUGCCUCGUUAACCGGUGCAAAAUGGCUAGAAACAGGCGCCGUAUGGCGAAGGCUCGGCCGUAUAAUGGUUACCGAGGACCUAUGCCAGGCCCUAGGCCUCCUCCUAUGCAGCAGUGGCCCGGGUAUUCCAAUGGCGGAUAUCCGCCACCGGCGCAACCACCGCGUUAUGCGUAA